AUGGCCGAAGGUGGACGCCCUCCAGACCUGGACUUACACUUACUGGGAUGUCCUAUCUGUCUGGAGCGACUUCAGAAACCAAAGUCAUUACCCUGUUUCCACUGCUUCUGUCAGGAAUGUCUCGGGACCUACAUCACGAAAGAGUUGUCAGGGAAGAUGGAGUCAGAAACAUCCUUCCCUUGUCCUGUCUGUAGGAGGGUGACCCCGCCUGUCAAUCAUGUGGAAUCUAAGGACAAAUGGGCAGAAAUGUUCCCAACUAACGCUGUGAUCCAGAACCUCAUCCGGCUCAAAGAACGAUCGUCUGAACCACUGUACUGUAAACCCUGUCAGACAAAAGGUAACAUGACGAAUCAUGCUAAAUUCUGGUGCCAGGACAUGAAGGCGAAUUUUUGUGAGACUUGUAAGACACAGUUUCAUGAUUUGAUACACAGUUAUUGUGACAUCUUGGAUAUAAGCGGAUAUGGUGGAGCGCGACCAAAACAGGAAAAGUCGGCCCCUCGAUGUGACCAACACGAUAAGAAGAAAGUUUGGUAUUGUGAGGACCAUCAACUCUUAGGAUGCCAGAUAUGCGUUUUUGAAAACCACAGACGUUGUGAGGAAGUGACAACAACGAUAAAGUAUUUUCAGAAAAUAAAAGAUGAAUCACGGCUCGAAGACAUGCAAGACAUGCUAAAGAAAAACACGGAGAAUAUUGGCUUAAUAGUGAAGGACUUUUACGAACAGCUUCAAAAUCUGGUACAGAACCAGGAAGUCGCACUACAGAGUAUCACCGAUCUACGUCAAAAUGUCGAUAAACAGCUAAACACGCUACAGAAGGACGUCACAGACAAGUUGAUCGCGUCGUUCAAAGAAGAGAAGAUAAACAUGGAGGCGUCAUUACGGCAGUGUGAACAUCUGAUGAAUAGUAUGUUAAAUACCAUGAAGUCGUCCGUUACCGCCGUGGAGGGAAAUGACCACAUUGAGACGAUAGUGUUGUACCAGCGGGGACAGGCAGAGUUGGAGUCGUGUAAGGCUCUGUUAACGGACAUGAGGAAGUCGUACACGUUCGUAAGCGUUAAACAUCAUAUUGCUAGUGAACUAGGUAACCUUGAUGGUGACGCAAUGGGAAAGAUCAUCACCGAGAAACAACCACGACGUUUCCCUGGCAGCCACUGUGAUCUAGUACCACACUUGUUAGAAAGCAAAGUGAAGGAAAUCGGAAAGUUCAACAUGAAGAUUCCGUCCCGUGGUGUUGUGUUCCUCCCAUGUGAUCAAAUAGUGGUAAGUGAUUACAACAACAAAAAGCUGAAGCUGUUUACAGACAAGGGACAGUUACUGGACGAGUUGACCAUUCGAGGACGUCCCAAUGAUCUGUGUCUGGUAGACAACAACACUGUGGCGGUCUCUGUCUACAGUCCUGGUGGUAUACAUGUCGUGAAAGUCAAGGCAUCCAAACUCUCCCUGUCGUCUGAGAUCAGGAUGUCAAACGAUGAGGAGUACCUUGGUAUAACACAUACAGACGGGAGGUUUAUCGUGGGUACAGAAGGAGGAGGAGUGUAUAGUGUAACACAGGACGGCGUGACUGACUUGUUACAUCAGUAUAACAGGAACUGUUACUCACUCACACGUGACCCAGUAAAGGGAGACACACUCGUCAGUGUCAAUAACUACAACAAGGGAGACGUCGUGGUGUCCAGACUGUCGGCUGACAAACGUCACACGGACGUGAUGAAGGUCGGCGUCGUGAGGUAUCCGAGGGGAAUAGACGUAGACAGGGAGGGAAACAUCUACGUGUGUGGUUAUAGUUCACACAACGUCGUACAGAUGUCUGGGGACGGAACACACGUCAGGGAACUACUGACGUCAUCCGAUGGGAUACACAGACCAUGGGCAAUAUCUGUAAAUGGUGGCAAGUUUGUUGUCACUAACUAUGGAAACACCAAUAUCCGGGUCUUUGAGCUUUACUAA